CUGCUAAUUUUGACAUUUCGUGUUUCCGGCAAAGAGCAAGAAAACGACAAAGUUCUUUUCCGUUUUCUCUUUCGCGAAACGCAGUCGAAAUGAAAGCUAAAGGAGUGCUGAAGGAAUACCAGGUGAUCGGGCGUAAGCUGCCCUCGGAGAAGGAUCCGAACCCGCCGCUGUUCAAGAUGCACAUCUUCGCGCCGGAUCAGAUCGUGGCCAAGUCCCGUUUCUGGUACUUCCUGCGGCAGCUGCGUAAGUUCAAGAAGGCCACCGGCGAGAUCGUCUCCGUGAAGCGCAUCCUGGAGAAGACCCCGCUGCGCGUCAAGAACUUUGGCAUCUGGCUGCGGUACGAUUCGCGUUCCGGAACGCACAACAUGUACCGCGAGUACCGUGACCUGACCGUCGGUGGUGCCGUGACGCAGUGCUACAGCGACAUGGCUUCCCGUCACCGUGCCCGUGCCCACUCGAUCCAGAUCAUCAAGGUCGAGUCGGUGGAGGCCUCCAAGACCCGUCGUGCCCACAUCAAGCAGUUCCACGACUCCAAGAUCCGGUUCCCGCUGGUGCAGCGGUACCACCACAAGCGCUACCGGAAGCUAUUCUCGUUCCGUCGCCCGGACACCUACUACCAGUAAAAUGUGCCGCCGCCGCCGAACGUGUACUGUUAAUUCCACUCUUUUUUAGGGAGGGUAAGAAGUGAAAAGAUGCAAAACUAAAGAUCGAUGGUCCGUGAAGAAAGCUAA